GAGCGGGACACAGGGACAGGGACAGCGGGACACCGGGACAGGGACACCGGGACACAGGGACACCGGGACAGGGACAGCGGGACAGGGACAGCGGGACACAGGGACAGCGGGACAGGAACACAGGGACACCAGGACAGGGAUAGGGACAGCGGGACGGGGAUGGGGACAGCGAGACGGGGACACCGGGACACAGGGACACCGGGACACAGGGACACCGGGACACGGGGACAGGGCUGUUGUAGUGGGGGAGCUGGGCAGAGCUGGCUGUGGGGCUGUGGGCACAGAGCCGGCGGGUUUUGGGGUGAGGUAAAUGGAUUUGAGGUGGAACAGGCCAAGGAGACAGGAAUGGCCAAGCAAUCAUGCCAGGCAUUUGGGGCUGGAAUCCUCCCUUCUGCGGGAAACGUGGUGGGAUACCCCAGGAAGAGCUUCUUUAUCCCAGAAUUAUUGAAACUAGAAAUUGCUUUUUCUGGAAGGAUUCCUUAGGGAAAGGUGCCAGUCAGGAGAGGGAAAACCCUCCGUGUGUGCUCCCUGCUCCUGGGGGUUUGGGCAGAGCCAAAGAACCUUCUGCUUCCCUUUACCUGAAUUAUUGGGAGCAAUUCCGAGCCAGCCCAGUGCAGGGAGAGCUGGGAGCAGCCAGCUCGGAGCCACAGGGUGAUAAUGUGCCUUGGGAUGAUGGAUGAGAUCUGGCUGCCUCCCAGGUUUUGGUAUCUCCUCCAGAAAUUCAAUAUUAAAGUGUUAUGUAUAGCUCUGCUCUCAUUUCCCUCUUUUUUCCUUCCUAUCUUUUUUUGCCCAGGAAAGAGCCACAUAAGAGUCAGAGGCAGAGCUAGGCAGGCUGCCAGAACCCUGGCUGGUUUUCCUUUAAUUUCUGGAAAGGUCUGGGUUUCAUACCCAUAUAAUUCCCUGCGUAACCACAGAGCACACGUGCCCAGCAGAGGUCCAGAGGGGUCAUGGAUUUUGGGAAUUCUGUCAAAAUCCAACCCAGCAGGGUGAAAUGUGCCCUUGGUUCAUUGGGCAACAGGUUUGCACUGGGACAGGAGAGCAGUGAGCAAACAUUCCAGCUGUUCCAGGACUUGGGGAAGAGGCUCUGCUGGGGAUGGGAAUGAUCAAAACAAGCUGAUGUUUAACCCUGGGGGGAGGUAUCCCACAGGGAACUCCGAAUGGACACACUGGGAUUUGUGGGACGUGCUUUGGGGAGAGACCAUCAGCCUCUGGGGUUUCUUGUGUGUCACCAAAGCACCAACAAGUCAGUGACAAUGUCAAUAACAACAAUUAACAGCAACAACAAUAAUAAUUAUAACAACAACAACAAUUAAUAAUUAACAACACAUCAAUAAUAGUGGAUAUGCGGCGCCUCUGCCUCCUGGUCUCAGGAAAUGGGACUUCUCCAAUUAUGAAGGAAUUUAAACCCCCCAUGUUCUCAGAUAAUAACAGUAUAAAAAGAGAUUAUUUUCCAAAAAAAUGUUGGUAAUGCUGAACAAUCCUGCUUCAGGGGAAUGUUUGGUCAGACUGUGGGGUGGGAGUGGGAAUGCUCCGCAGGGCCCACCUGCCUGGCUCCUGCUCCACCAUCUCCCAGUCCUCACUCCCUGCUGUUAUUUCCUGGACCUUUAUCUCCCUGCUAUUAAUUUCCGUUUUCUUCGUCUCCCUUAUCCACCAUCUCCCUGUCCAUCAUCUCCCAGUUCACUGCCUCACUGCUCGUCAUCUCCCGUCCUACAUCUCCCUGUCCUCCACGUCCUGCAUCUCCUCUCCUGCUCCAUCCUCUCCCUUCUCAUCAUUUCCUGUCCUCUCUCUCCCAGUCCAUCAUCUCCUGCUCCAUCCUCUCCCAUCCUGUCUCCCAGUCCAUCCUCUCCCGUCCUCUGUCUCCCAGUCCAUCCUCUCCUGCUCCAUCCCCUCCCUGCUCCUCACCUUCUGUCCCCUCCUGCUCCAUCACCUUCCAGCCCGUCACCUCCUGCCCACCCCGUGUUGGGAGGGCAGUGCCGAGAUCCCGAGGGAUCCAUCGGAGCCCCCCGAGCCCUCCGGGAGCUUUCCCCCCGCCGCCCGGGGGCGGGACCGGGGGCGGCCCCGGGCAGGUGCCCCGGGAGCGGCGGCGGCAGCGGCGGAGCGGAGAUGCCGUACCUGCUCAUCAGCACCCAAAUCCGCCUGGAGGCUGGGCCCACCAUGGUGGGCGACGAGCACUCGGAUCCCCACCUGAUGAGCAUCCUGGGGGCCACAAAGAGGAGCACGCUGGGGAACAACUUCUGUGAGUACUACGUGAACGACGCCCCGCGCCUGGUCCUGGACAAGCUGGAGAGCCUGGGCUACCGCGUGGUCAGCAUGACCGGCGUGGGCCAGACCCUGGUCUGGUGCCUCCACAGGGAAUAGCCAGGGAGAAUCCUGCGCUCCACCCGGACAACAUCCUGCUGGAGAUCAUCUUAUAGGACUGGCAGCAAACUUUCCCCCCUUAAUUCCUUCCUGUCCCAGACUCCAGGCACUCAGGCAGGGGGAGGAAUGGCGCAGAGGCAGAGCUGGACCCAGUGGAAUUUUGCCAUCCCUGUUCCGUUUCCCAAGAGCAGGGGGAGGAAGGUAUGCCCAGAAUUUGGCAGAGGGAACAGAUGGCUCCAGCUCUGCCUUCGGCGGGAUGGCAGUCUGGCAAAUUCCAGCUUUUUCACAUUUUAAUCAUGUAUUCAGCAUGCCCUGGAGGAAGCUCAGUAUCAGCCCUGUUUGCCUCCUCCUCAGGCUGCCCAGAGAACUCCAUGCCUUCUCCUAGGCCAGGGGGUCAGGGGGGGACAGCAAGCAUGGACACCAUCCCAUCUCAUCCCUGAAAUCCCAGAGGGAACCACUAAGCCUACUCUCAGUGCUCUGAGAAUCCCUUCCCUUGGCAGCAAGGCCUGCUUCCAUCUCAGCAGCACCACCAAACUUCCAGAUCCCAGACUGACAUCUAAGCCUAAUAUGGGAUUCCCAAAAUAACACAGGAAGUGUUGUUGUGUGACUAUUGCAGGUGCAGGCUCUGAUCCCAACACUGCUGAAAUGUUUGGGACUGUGCAUGGAUUCUGCUGUGGGGGUAACACCAAUAAAACAUUGCUCCAAAGAGACCAAUGUCCUCCUGUGGGUUGUUUAAAGCUGUUGCCAAAUC